UGUCAGUGGCUGGACAGAUGUUAUUGCUUAAGAAACCGAAACAGCCUGUCUCGUUCAGCUGCCAAAAAAUUGAUCCGAAUUGCAAUUAUGUCUACUGGUACCAGAAGAAGGAGGGAGAACCUUUAAUCUUGAUCCUCCGGAUCCAAAAGGGUUACUGCACUGUCUAUUCAAGUUACAACCAUCCUCAAAAAGAUGACUUCUCAGCCAUGAGACAAAGUAACAAAUGUAUUCUGAAGAUCAAGUCAGUUAAAGUGUCUCAUUCUGCCACCUACUACUGUACCUGCUGGGACUCGGGAACCCACAGUGAGAACUGAUCCACACAGCCUGUCCAAAAACUCUGUGGUUUUAAUCAAGCUGUGAAUUCAUGAUGGGAAAAAAAAUGCUCCACAGCAAGUGACAUAAUCAGAGGUUAGAGUGGAGUGUCUUCUAAGCUAACUUUUGGAAUUGUAGACACGCAUUGAAUAACAGAUUCACUACAUGGAACAACAUACAUUCCCAAAAAACAACUGAUGGAAGUUUGUUCUGAAUUGUCUGUCCUAUAUCUGAGAUAUAUAAGAAAGAUCAGGAAACAAUUUUAUUUUUGAACAUGUAUUUAGCCCCUUAUUUUAGGGACUAAACUUUCUCCAUAUAUACAGUUGAAGUCGGAAGUUUACAUACACUUAGGUUGGAGUCAUUAAAACUCGGUUUUCAAAAACUCCACAAAUGUCUUGUUAACAAACUAUAGUUUUGGCAAGUCGGUUAGGACAUCUACUUUGUGCAUGACACAAGUAAUUUUUUCAACAAUUGUUUACAGACAGAUUAUUUCACUUAUAAUUCACUGUAUCACAAUUCCAGUGGGUCAGAAAUGUACAUACAUUAAGUUGACUGUGCCUUUAAACAGCUUGAAAAAUUCCAGAAAAUGAUGUAAUGGCUUUAGAAGCUUCUGAUAGGCUAAUUGACAUCAUUUGAGUCAAUUGGAGGUGUACCUGUGGAUGUAUUUCAAGGCCUAUCUUCAUACUCAGUGCCUCUUUGCUUGAUAUCAUGGGAAAAUCAAAAGAAAUCAGCCAAGACCUCAGAAAAAAAUGGUAGACCUCCACAAGUCUGGUUCAUCCUUGGGAGCAAUUUCCAAACGCCUGAAGGUACCACGAUCAUCUGUACAAACAAUAGUACGCAAGUAUAAACACCAUGGGACCACGCAGCCGUCAUACCGCUCAGGAAGGAGACGUGUUCUGUCUCCUAGAGAUGAACGUACUUUGAUGCGAAAAGUGCAAAUCAAUCCCAGAACAACAGCAAAGGACCUUGUGAAGAUGCUGGAGGAAACAGGUACAAAAGUAUAUAUAUAUCCACAGUAAAACGAGUCCUAUAUUGACAUAACCUGAAAGGCUGCUCAGCAAGGAAGAAGCCACUGCUCCAAAACCGCCAUAAAAAAGCCAGACUACGGUUUACAACUGCACAUGGGGAUAAAGAUCUUACUUUUUGGAGAAAUGUCCUCUGGUCUGAUGAAACAAAAAUAGAACUGUUUGGCCAUUAUGACCAUCGUUAUGUUUGGAGGAAAAAGGGGGUUGCUUGCAAGCCGAAGAACACCAUCCAAACCGUGAAGCACGAGGGUGGCCGCAUCAUGCUCUGGGGGUGCUUUGCUGCAGGAGGGACUGGUGCACUUCACAAAAUAGAUGGCGUCAUGAGGAAGGACAAUUAUGUGGAUAUAUUGAAGCAACAUCUCAAGACAUCAGUCAAGAAGUUAAAGCUUGGUCGCAAAUGGGUCUUCCAAAUGGACAAUGACCCUAAGCAUACUUCCAAAGUUGUGGCAAAAUGGCUUAAGGACAACAAAGUCAAGGUAUUGAAGUGGCCAUCACAAAGCUUGGACCUCAAUCCUAUAGAAUAUUUCUGGGCAGAACUGAAAAAGCAUGUGCGAGCAAGGAGGCCUACAAAAAUGGCUCAGUUACACCAGCUCUGUCAGGAGGAAUGGGCCAAAAUUCACCCAACGUAUUUUGGGAGCUUGUGGAAGGCUACCCGAAAAAUUUGACCCAAGUUAAACAAUUUAAAGGCAAUGCUACCAAAUACUAAUUGAGUGUAUGUAAACUUCUGACCCACUGGGAAUGUAACGAAAUAAAUAAAAGCUGAAAUAUAUAAUUUCUCUACCAUUAUUCUGACAUUUCACACUCUUAAAAUAAAGUGGUGAUCCUAACUGACCUAAGACAGGGAAUUUAUACCAGGAUUAAAUGUCAGGAAUUGUGAAAAACUGAGUUUAAAUGCAUUUGGCUAAGGUGUACAUAAACAUCCGACAUCAACUGUACACUACAUCCAAAAGUAUGUGGACACUUGCUCGUCUGACAUCUCAUUCCAAAAUCAUGGGCAUUAAUAUUGAGUUGGUCCCCCCUUUGCUGCUAUAAUAGCAUCCACUCUUCUUGGAAGGCUUUUCACUAGAUGUUGGAACAUUGCUGCAGGGACUGGCUUCCAUUCAGCCACAAGAGCAUUAGUGAGGUCGGGCACUAAUUUUGGGGGUGAUUAGGCCUGGCUUGCAGUCUUUGUUCCAAUUCAUCCCAAAGGUGUUCAUUGGGGUUGAGGUCAGGUCUCUGAGCAGGCCAGUCAAGUUCUUCCACACCGAUCUCUACAAACCAUUUCUGUAUGGACCUCGAUUUGUGCCCGGGUGCAUUGUCAUGCUGAAACAGGAAAGGGCCUUCCCCAAACUGUUGCCACAAAGUUGGAAACACAGAAUCAUCUACAAUGUCAUUGAAUGCUGUAGCAUUAAGAUUUCCCUUCACUGGAACAAAGGGGCUUAGCCUGAAACAUGAAAAACAGUUCCAGACCAUUAUUUAUCCUCCACCAAACUUUACAGUUGGCACUAUGCAUUCAGGCAGGUAGCGUUCUCCUGGCAUCCACCAAACCCAUAUUCCUCCAUCAGACUGCCAGAUGGUGAAGCGUGAUUCAUCACUCCAGAGAACGCCUUUCCACUGCUCCAGAGUCAAAUGGCAGCGAGCUUUAAACCACUCCAGCCGACGCUUGGUAUUACGCAUGGUGAUCUUCGGAUUGUGUGCGGCUGCUCGGCCAUGGAAACCCAUUUCAUGAAGCUUCCGACUAACAUAUCUUGUGCUGAUGUUGCUUCUAGAAGCAAUUUGGAACUCGGUAGUGGGUGUUGCAACCGAGGACAGAUGAUUUUUACGCGCUACGCGUUUCAUCAGUCGGCAGUCACGUGCUGUGAGCUUGUGUGGCCUACCACUUCAUGGCUGAGCUCCUAGACGUUUCCACUUCAGAAUAACAGCACUUACGGUUGAUCGGGGCAGCUCUAGCAGGGCAGGAAUUUGACGAACUUACUUGUUGGUAAGGUGGCAUCCUAUGACGGUGUCACGUUGAAAGUCACUGUGCUCUUCAGUAAAGCCAUUGUACUGCCAAUGUUUGUCCAUGGAGAUUGCAUGGCUGUGUGCUUGAUUUUAUACACCUGCCAGCAACGGAUGUGACUAAAAUUGCCGAGUCUACUAAUUUGAAGUGGUGUCCACAUACUUUUGUUUAUAUAUAGUGUAUUAGUGUGUAGCCCAAACCGUUCGGACGCUACAGACAGAAGUUGGCAGAAGUAGGCUAAGGGAGGGAAUUUAACCCCCUAGAGUCGAUGUCCACACCCCAGAGGAAAUCUAAUCUAAAAAAAUCCCAAUCAAAAUUCCGUCUCAAUCACCGCAUCUGCCAACAGAGGCUAAGCUACAGCUGUGUUUGUCAGACCAUGAGACAAAAUCGGUCUUCUCAUGAAAACAUCCGUACAGUUUGGGCUACAUGGAAAGGUGAGAGCCGCACGAACACGUACACGUCGGUUGUUUUGCUCUAGGACACCCACAAGCCUCACAAAACUUGUCCGAAGGUAGCUCAGUAAUUAAUUUGCAUUUUAUUGCAUGACAUAAGUAUUUGAUACAUCAGAAAAGCAAUACAGACUUUCAGCUCCCUCCAAAGAUUUUUUAUUUGGUUCAGGUCUGGAGACCGGCUAGGCCACUCCAGGACCUUGAGAUGCUUCUUACGGAGCCACUCCUUAGUUGCCCUGGCUGUGUGUUUCGGGUCGUUGUCAUGCUGGAAGACCCAGCCACGACCCAUCUUCAAUACUCUUACUGAGAUCUCGCGAAACAUGGCCCCAUCCAUCCUCCCCUCAAUAUGGUGCAGUCGUCCUGUCCCCUUUGCAGAAAAGCAUCCCCAAAGAAUGAUGUUUCCACCUCCAUGCUUCACAGUUGGGAUGGUGUUCUUGGGGUUGACUCAUCCUUCUUCUUCCUCCAAACACGGCGAGUGGAGUUUAGACCAAAAAGCUCUAUUUUUAUCUCAUCAUACCACAUGACCUUCUCCCAUUCCUCCUCUGGAUCAUCCAGAUGGUCAUUGGCAAACUUCAGAUGGGCCUGGGCAUGCGCUGGCUUGAGCAGGGGGACCUUGCGUGCGCUACAGGAUUUUAAUCCAUGACGGCGUAGUGUGUUACUAAUGGUUUUCUUUGAGACUGCGGUCCCAGCUCUCUUCAGGUUAUUGACCAGGUCCUGCCGUGUAGUUCUGGGCUGAUCCCUCACCUUCCUCAUGACAAUUGAUGCCCCACGAGGUGAGAUCUUGCAUGGAGCCCCAGACCGAGGGUGAUUGACCGUCAUCUUGAACUUCUUCCAUUUUAUAAUAAUUGCGCCAACAGUUGUUGCCUUCUCACCAAGCUGCUUGCCUAUUGUCCUGUAGCCCAUCCCAGCCUUGUGCAGGUCUACAAUUUAAUCUCUGAUGUCCUUACAUAGCUCUCCGGUCUUAGCCAUUGUGGAGAGGUUGGCAUCUGUUUGAUUGAGUGUGUGGACAGGUGUCUUUUAUACAGGUAACGAGUUCAAACAGGUGCAGUUAAUACAGGUAAUGAGUGGAGAACAGGAGGGCUUCUCAAAGAAAAACUAACAGGUCUGUGAGAGCCGGAAUUCUUACUGGUUGGUAGGUGAUCAAAUACUUAUGUCAUGCAAUAAAAUGCAAAUUAAUUACUUAAAAAUCAUACAAUGUGAUUUUCUGGAUUUUUGUUUUAGAUUCUGUCUCUCACUGUUGAAGUGUACCUAUGAUAAAAAGUACAGACCUCUACAUGCUUUGUAAGUAGGAAAACCUGCAGUGUAUCAAAUACCUGUUCUCCCCACUCUAUAUGGGUGGAAAGAUAUAUACAAAUAAUUUCCUGAUCUUUCUUAAAUCUCACAGAUAUAGGACACACACUUUAAAACAAACUUUAUUUUGAUAAAAUAAUUGUACUGUCUGUUUUUCCAUGUAUGAAUCUGUUAUUAAAUGUGUUUCUAUGGGCUAAAAGCAGUAAGGCCAAAUUAAAUGUUUCAUCAAAUAAUUUAUUUACAUGUACAGUCCCAGUCAAAAAGUUUGGACACACCUACUCAUUCAAGGGUUUUUCUUUAUUUUUACUAUUUUCUACAUUGUAGAAUAAUAGUGAAGACAUCAAAACUAUGAAAUAACACAUACAGAGUCAUGUAGCAACCAAAAAAGUGUUAAACAAAUUAAAAAAUAUUUUAUAUUUUAGAUUCUUCAAAGUAGCCACCCUUUGCCUUGAUGACAGCUUUGCACACUCUUGGCAUUCUCUCAACCGGCUUCAUGAGGAAUGCUUUUACAACAGUCUUGAAGGAGUUCCCACAUAUGCUGAGCACUUGUUGGCUGCUUUUCCUUCACUCUGCGGUCCAACUCAUCCCAAACCAUCUCAAUUGGGUUGAGGUCGAGUGAUUGUGGAGGCCAGGUCAUCUGAUGCAGCAGUCCAUCACUCUCCUUCUUGGUCAAAUAGCCCUUACACUGCCUGGAGGGUCAUUGUCCUGUUGAAAAAUAAAUGAUAGUCCCACUAAGCGCAAACCAGAUGGGAUGGCGUAUCGCUGCAGAAUAAUGUGGUAGUCAUGCUGGUUAAGUGUGCCUUGAAUUCUAAAUAAAUCACUGACAGUGUCAGCAGCAAAGCACCCCCACACCAUCACACCUCAUCCUCCAUGCUUCACGGUGGGAGCCACAAAUGCGGAGAUCAUCCGUUCACCUACUCUGCGUCUCACAAAGACACGGUGGAUGGAACCAAAAAUCUCAAAUUUGGACUCAUCAGACCACCGGUCUAAUGUCCAUUGCUCGUGUUUCUUUGCCCAAGCAAGUCUCUUCUUAAUAUUGGUGUCCUUUAGUAGUGGUUUCUUUGCAGAAAUUUGACCAUGAAGGCCUGAUUCACACAGUCUCCUCUGAACAGUUGAUGUUGAGAUGUGUUUGUUACUUUGGGCAAAGAAAUUUGGGCUGCAAUUUCUGAGGCUGGUAACUCUAAUGAACUUAUCCUCUGCAGCAGAGGUAACUCUUGGACUUCCAUUCCUGUGGCGGUCCUCAUGAAAGCAAGUUUCAUCAUAGCGCUUGAUGGUUUUUGCGACUGCACUUGAAGAAACUUUCAAAGUUCUUGAAAUUGUCUGUAUUGACUGACCUUCAUUGCUUAUUUGACCAGUUCUUGCCAUAAUAUGGACUUGGUAUUUGACCAAAUAUGGCUAUCUUCUGUAUACCACCCCUACCUUGUUACGACACAACUGAUUGGCUCAAAUGCAUUAAAUCCCACUAAUUAACUUUUAACAAGGCACACCUGUUAAUUGAAAUUCCAGGUGACUACCUCAUGAAGCUGGUUGAGAGAAUGCCAAGAGUGUGCAAAGCUGUCAUCAAGACAAAGGGUGGCUACACGUUUUUGGUUACUACAUGAUUCCAUAUGUGUUAUUUCAUAGUUUGAUGUCUUUACUGUUAUUCUACAAUGUAAGUAGAACCCAAAGCUUACUCUCUUAAAGCUGCAAUAUAUAACUUUUUGGACAACCUGAGCAAAUUCACAUAGAAAUGUGAGUUAUAGAUCUGUCAUUCUGAUUGAAAGCAAGUCUAAUUAGCGCUAGAUCUGUUCUAUGUGCGCUUUUUCUAUGCUUUCAGUGCUUAAGUUUAGUUUUGGCUUCUUUUACUUUUGGUUUUGUACACCACCUUCAAACAGCUGAAAAUACAAUAUUUUUGGUAAUGGAAAAUAUAUUUCACAGCGGUUUAGAUGGUACAAUGAUUUGUCACAUAAACUGAAAUUAGGCAAACUUUUAGAAUUUUAGCAGCCAGGAUGUGGCGGAGUUAUUUCUGCAUAGUGCAUUUUAAGGGAUGAUUGUUCUGAUGAUAUCCUUGGAAAUUAUACCUUAUUAUGGGACAAAAAUGAAAUUAUCUUAACUGGUGAACCAUUGUACUGUAAACACAAGCCCUCCCAAGACACAAUGCAGCCUACUUUUUGUCAAGGAAACUUUCACUGUGUAUGUACUUGUAUUUGGCUCUGGUACGAGUCUUCAUGUGACAGGUAAGAGAUCCAUUCCUCUGAUUUUCAGCAGACAAACAAUGCAAUAGUCAUUAAUAAUGAAUAAUUAAUAUGUCUAAUCAAUUUCCAAAAUAAUUGAGAAAACAUCCUGAAGUAUCGCUUCGCAAAUAUGCACUCUGCAUGAUCAAUCCAUCUUAAAAAUAAAAACAAAUAUUAUGAGUUUGAAAGUUUGCUAUUAGUCUGUACAUUAGAUCAUUCUGAUUUUCAAUGAAGCCAUCUGCGCAAUUUGCAGUAUAUUGCAUGUCAUACUCUUAGAGAUAUACACCCUCAGUUAAAUGUGUGAUAUAAAUGUAAAGCAAUUUGAUAUAGGGUAAAAUGUUGAACUGUUUACUUAGCUAAAAAUCGUAUUAUUUAAAUGAUAUUUAUUUAUGUAUGUAAUUAAUUGUUUACUUGAAAAUAGACAGUAAAGCUGGACAUAAAACAAAUGUUGUGGGACAUCACGAUUCAUCUUCACAACAGACUACAUCUGAAGUCUGAAAACGUGUGUGUGAUGUCCGUUUCAAGACGACUGUAAAUGUUAUUGUGUCUCAUGAAAAUCAGACAAUCGUGUACGAAAACCCAAAGUGACGGUCUACCCAGCGUCCAACCCUGAUUCGAAUGUGAAGACCACCCUGCUAUGUCUGGCUAGAGACAUGUUUCCAGACUUGGUCAAGAUCUCAUGGAAGAUGGAGGAUGCAAACGGCCGAACAGUGGAGGCGCCCAAAGCAGAGACGGAGGUCCUGGAGCAGAGGGAGAAAGGACAGACGACCAGUAUGAUCAUCAUUGAUGAAGAGAAGGCGUACAGGAACAAAUACAUAUGUUCUGUGGAGCAUAACGGGGUCACUCAAGAUGUUGACAUACGAAAAGGUAAAGCCAGUCAUUGAAAUAGUUUUACAUGAGUAUGUAUUAUGUUUUUUCAUACAUUAUUAUUCAUGUAAUAUUUAUCCAUUUAAUAUAUUUAUGAGUAAGCUAUCAUGUAUUCAACCAUGUAAAAAAUGCAUAUUACCUUUUCAAAAUAAAAAAUUAAGUCCAUAAAAAUUGGACUAACACUUGGUAAUUGCACUGGAAUGUUGUAUAGUUAGUUUCACAAGUUUAAACAAAUCACCUUUUUUUGCAUAACUAUUAUCCCUGACAUUAGCCUACAUAAUGCUCUGAAAUAUAUUAUUUGAUAUAUUUUUCCAUGUCAUUCUCAGAGGAACCAACUAAAGCUCCUCGAACCACCGUGGCUGCACCAACCACUCUGCACGUUACCUAUGGUAGGAUUGAUGUGUAUUUCAUGCAGGGUUGGGGCCAAUUCAAACACAAAAAUCGUGUAUACAAAACAUUAAGAACACCUGCUCUUUCCACGACAUAAACUGACCAGGUGAAUACUAUGAUCCCUUAUUGAUGUCACUUGUUAAAUCCACUUCAAUCAGUGUAUAUGAAGUUGAGGAGACAGGUUAUAGAAGGAUUUUUAAGUCUUGAGACAAUUGAGACAUGGAUUGUGUAUGUUUGCCAUUCAGAGGGUGAAUGGGCAAGACAAAAUAUUUAAGUGCCUUUGAACGGAGUAUGGUAGUACGUGCCAGGCACACCAGUUUGUGUCAAGAACCACAACACUGCUGGGUUUUUCACGCUCAACAGUUUCCUGUGUGUAUCAAGAAAGGCUGUUCUGAGGGCAAACGGGGGUGUGGGGGGUGCAACUCAAUAUUACAAAAGUGUUCCUAAUGUUUGGUAUACUCAGUGUAUAUUUUAUAUGAGUAUCGUGUUCAACCAUCUAAAAAUGGCAUAUAAGCUUCUCAAAGAAAAAAAAAGAAAGUUCAUAGAAAUGUGACCUUACACUUGUUAAUUGCAUAGGAAUAUUGUGUAGUUGGUUUUGCAAGUUUAAACAAAUCACCUUUUUUUGCGUAACUGUUAUCCCCAACGUAAUCUCCAACGAAAACGCCAUACAUGGCCAUAACUACAUCAACAGAGAUAUGUCAUGUCUGAUAUUUUGUUAUUAAUUAUGUCUGACACUAGAUAAUGCUCUGAUAAUUAUUUUUCAUUCUCAGAAGAUCCAACUGAAGCUCCUCCAUCCACCAAGGCUGCACCAACCACUUUGCAGGUUACAAACGGUAAAAUUUAUGUGGAUUUCAAGCAGGGUUGGGGUAAAUUCAAAAACAAAAAUUGAAAAGGGAAAAGAAAGAAAAAUAUGAGUGCCUGGAUAAUUAUUCACACUUCCUGAUUUUUUCUACAUUUUGUUGUGUUACAAAGUGGGAUUAAAAUAGAUUUAAAUGUCAUUUUUAUGUCAAGGAUCUACACAAAAUACUCUGUAAUGUCAAAGUGCAAGAAAAAUUGCAACAUUGGUCAAAUAAAUUAUGAAAAAUAUAACACUGAUAUAUGUUGAGUAGAUGUAUUCAAUACCCCCUGAGUCAAUACAUGUUAGAAUCACCUUCAGCAGUGAUUUAGCACACCUGGAUUGUGCAACAUUUGCCCAUUAUUCUUUUCAAAAUUCUUCAAGCUCUGUCAAAUUGGUUGUUGAUCAUUGCUAGAAAACUAUUUUCAGGUAUUGCAAUAGAUUUGUAAGCAGAUUUCAGUAAACACUGUAACUCGGCCACUCAGGAACAUUCACUGUCUUCUUGGUAAGCAACUCCAGUGGAGAUUUGGCCUUGUGUUUUAGGUUAUUGUCACUGCUGAAAGGUGAAUUCAUCCAGUGUCUGGUCGAAAGCAGAAUAAAACAGGUUUUCCUCUAGUAUUUUGCCUGUGCUUAGCUCCUUUCCAUUUAUUUUUUAUCCUGAAAAACUCAGAAGUCCUUAGAAAUUACAAGCAUUCCCAUAACAUGAUGCAGCCACCACUAUGCUUGAAAAUAUGGAGAGUGAUACUCAGUAAUGUUGUGUAUUGGAUUUGCCCCAAACAUAACACUUUGUAAACAGGAUGCAUGUUUUGGAAUAUUUUUAUUUCUUUACAGGCUUCUUUCUUUUCACUCUGUCAAUUAGGCUAGUAUUGUGGCGUAACAACAAUGUUGUUGAUCCAUCCUCAGUUUUCUCCUUACAGCCAUUAAACUCUGUAACUGUUUUAAAGUCACAAUUGGCCUCAUGGUGAAAUCCUUCCUCUCUGGCAACUGAGUUAGGAAGGACAUAUGUAUCUUUGUAGUGACUGGGUGUAAUUAUUCACCAUCCAAAGCGUAAUUAAUAACUUCACCAUGCUCAAUCGGACACUCCAUAAUUUUUUUUAUUUUACCAAUUUACCAAUAGGUGCCCUUCUUUGCAAGGCAUUGGGAAACCUCCCUGGGCUUUGUGGUUGAAUCUUCAUUUGAAAUUCUUCACUGAUCCAAAUGUUUACUUCUGAACUUAUUUAGGCUUCCCACAACAAAGGGGUUGAAUACUUAUUGACUCAAGACAUUUCAGUUUUUCAUUUUUAAUUAAUUUUGAAAAACAUAAUUCCACUUUGACAUUAUGAGCUGUUGUGUGUAGGCCAGUGACAAAAAAUCUAAAUGUAAUCAUUUUUAAAUUCACGGUAGUACCGCCACAGAGUCAGUCAUGAGUCAUGACCGCAGUAAAGUUUCACGUGACCAUUGAGUCACAAAAUCUCCUCUUAUGCACUCUAGACAUGCAUUGGCAGUACUCAACUUGUUAACUACCAUCAGGUCACUAAUGGCUGGCUCUAUUGCCCCUGUAACCACUCUGACAUCAAUGCAAAUGCAAUCGAAAAUCACAUCAAACACUUAUCAUAAAAACAUUAUUGUGCUUUCAAAACUCGCCUCACUGUGAUGAUCAAUUUGAAAAAAAAAGAAGUUCAAUAAUAGGUUGAAACUGAGUGCAAAACAUGGUCAUUGUGGAUGUUGUUUCAAAGUCUAUAACACAAUGAAGUGUACAGCACUUUCUAAGGUGAUGAUUAAUUCAAAACACUCAAAUGCAUAUUACAGCUUAUGCAUAAGCAUAGGCCUAUAUAUGCAAAACCGGAGUAUCCAACCCAGCAUGAUUGAAAAACGAACCAGUGGAUACAGAUGAGAAGUAUUUUUUCCACUGACCCUGUUCCUGACCAUUUGAUAAUAGGCCAUUCUAAAUCAAAACUAAUUUUACAUACUAGUAAAGACAAGAUUAAAUUGAGAAUAGUCGGAUGGGUGAAAAUGUGAUUACUUGAUGAGAGAACAGCAUAUGCAGCCUGAGGCAAGGAACAGAGCACAACAUUUUUGUUCUACUAUCUCAAAUCAUCAAAGCAUAUAGUUGCAUCAUGCAGCCCAUAUAUGUUUAGAUUUCUAAGACAUUCUAAGAUUUGUAUCAUUCACAACUAAAGUUGCCAAAUAAUUCUAAAACAGGACCUGUUUCAAAUGAUCACUUUUACGCUCAACAGAGCCACUUCAUAUGCACACUUGCUCCGUAAUGGGAAAAAUAUCCUUUCUACUUUAUUCAACUAAGUUCAAUUAUAUUCUUCUUUCCAUAAAAUCAUGUAGCCUAAUACAAAUAAUGGCAGAGAACUUAUAACCUACAGCCUAUGUCAUGGUGCAUAGCCAUGAUAACAUACAGUAGCCUAGGCCAACUCAUAUUCUGAUCUUCUGAAAUACAUUUUCUUCAUAUCAUGUUUUUUUAGGCCUGUCUAAAAUAAAUAAUGGAUUUAUUGUGAUGGUGUAUAUUAAAUGAAAUUGUUAUACUUUUUUUAAAUGUAGAUGUUCCAAAGGCAUGCAUCAGUGGAUUGUGUAGCUCAGUUGGUAGAGCAUGGCGCUUGCAACGUCAGGGUAUUGGGUUCGAUUCUCACGGGGGGCCAGUAUGAAAAUGUAUGCACUCACUAACUGUAAGUCGCUCUGGAUAAGAGCGUCUGCUAAAAUGACAAAAAAUAUGUGGUUUGUAUGCUUGGAGGCCUCGAGACGCUAAACGUGUUUAUGUUAAUUAACGGUAAAUUACAGUGAGACUGGCAGUCAUUCGAAUGACAAUAACCGCCUGAGAAAAUGUCAUGACCAUCACAGCCCUGUAACACAACAAAUUGUGGAAAAAGUCAUUGGUUGUGAAUACUUUCUGAAGGCACUGUAGUUAUGGUGAAGUUACAUUAUUCAACAGUUGCAUUAUUUAUGGUACAUUUGAAGUGUGUAGCAAGAAUGUUGCUUUGCCAAGCCACAUCCAAAGGCAAGGCAAGGAUUUAAUAUAAAGAAAAAAGUUGAAAAUCUCGUGACCUGUGGAGAGAGACGGCGCUGGUAACAAGUCUAGUUAAUCUAAAAACGCUCAAAGUUCCAAUUGUUUGUGGAGACCCCAUUUACAGUAAACGCUGCAUAUGUCGGCUUAAUUGUCAAUUACAUCUAAGUGGCACUUAGCCGACAAUGUGCAAUCGGAUCGAUUCAAUCGGACCAAUAUUUGUUUGACAUUUUAAAUUUUUUACACAGAAACAACAGAAUACAACAAACACAAAAUAAGAGGACCGAGCAAAUACCAAUUAACUCAUGAAUAAAAAGAGAAAAUAAACAAGAUGACAGCAAACAAAAACCAACAUAAAACGGGACUCUUUUCAAAUAAAACCAUUAGCUAAAAUCCCGGCCUAUACUCUUUUGUUUUCCCCAGAUUCCUUCCAGUCAACGUGCAGUCUGAACCUGGCCUCUCUGGCGUACACAGUGAUGAUCGUGAAGAGCAUGGUGUACUGCUGUGGGCUCUCUCUCCUGCUGCACCACAGGAACCUGGGAAGUAGACCCAGCACCGGUAGACCCAUCCAU